CGACGGAAGCCCAAGCUACCAGGAGGAUCAGCUUGGUCAGGGUGCACUUCCUUCCCUGUGCACAGCAGGAAGACUGCAUUCGCCUGAGCAACUCACCAGCAGCUUCUGCCUUCCGAUUCAACUGCAAUAAGGAUACCAUCUUCUUUUGUUGUACAAGAAAGAAGUGUCUCAUCACAUACAAGGAAAAAAAUGCUUUUUGGGGUGUUAGCCCUCCUAAUCCUCUGUGCUUUUCUAUGGAAUUAUAAAGGACAACUAAAGAUUGCAGACAUCACCGAUAAGUACAUUUUCAUCACUGGGUGUGACUCGGGCUUUGGAAACUUGGCAGCCAGAACGUUUGAUAAAAAAGGAUUUCAUGUAAUUGCUGCCUGUCUGACUGAAUCAGGGUCGACAGCUUUAAAGGCAGAAACCUCAGAGAGACUUCACACAGUGCUUCUGGAUGUAACUGACCCUAAGAAUGUCAAGAGGAUUGCCCAGUGGGUGAAGAACCAAGUUGGGGAAAAAGGUCUCUGGGGUCUGAUCAACAAUGCCGGUGUUCUUGGGGUGCUUGCUCCCACCGACUGGCUGACAGUGGAGGACUACAGAGAACCUAUUGAAGUGAACCUGCUUGGACUCAUCGACGUGACUUUAAAUAUGCUUCCCUUGCUCAAAAAAGCUCGAGGGAGGAUUGUCAACGUCUCCAGCAUUGGAGGUCGGCUUGCAUUUGGUGGAGGCGGGUAUACUCCAUCCAAAUAUGGAGUGGAAGGCUUCAAUGACUGCUUAAGACGGGAUAUGAAAGUUUUUGGAGUGCACGUCUCAUGCAUUGAACCAGGAUUCUUCAAAACGGAAUUGUCAGAUCCAAUAAAGGCAACUGAAAGAAAGCUUGCCAUUUGGAAACAUCUGUCUCCAGACAUCAAAGAACAAUAUGGAGAAGGUUACAUUGAAAAAAGUCUAGACAAAUUGCAAAGCACUACAACCUGGGUGAACCUGGACCUCUCUCUGGUGGUCGAGUGCAUGGACCAUGCUCUGACAAGUCUCUUUCCAAAGACUCGCUAUGCUGCUGGAAAAGAUGCCAAGACUUUUUGGAUUCCUCUUUCUCACAUGCCAGCAGUUUUGCAAGACUUUUUAUUGUUGAAAGAGAAAGUACAACUGGCUAAUCCCAAGGCCGUGUGACUCAGCUGAUCAGCAAUACCCUUGGGGUAUGAGAUUAGCCGAAUUCACAGUCACAUCUACUUUUCAAUCUCAUUCCUUACCUAAUCCAACCUGAACUCAUUUAAACCAGGAUUGUUUGUAGAAAAGUAGUCUUACCAUCAUCAGUAGUGUCCCAGGGUUCCUUCUUUAGCCAGAAGGACAGAGAUGGCACAUCACAUAGGCAAAAAAUAAUACCGAGGCUUUGCCUGCUGGGUAGGAUCUAAGAGAAAUUGGAAGAUUUCCUCCAAAAUAAUGUACACCACUGCUUUCCCAUGCUUAUUGAGUAAUCUGAAUGUCAAAUACUAUCUCCAACUAGAAUGCUUUUAUAAGUGGGUUAAAAGUGUUCUGUUAUUUGCUGAAAAGAAGACUAAAGGAUUGGAACUCAGCUCUUAUCAGCUUGGAUGGGAACCAGAAAGGAAGAGAGAAUGAAGCAUUAUGUGGCCUUGGUAUCCCUGGUAUAAGUAAAGGUCAUUGGAAAAACAGUAGGUAGACCUGCAAGUAGAAAAGAUGAAAAAGACUGGAAAGGAAGUAAGAAACUGUGAUAAAGAAUGCAAAGAGUGAUGGGGAGACUGUAGAGUAACUCUUGUUCCAGAAGGAACCUUUGAGGAUGGAUGACCUAUUGAAGGCCAUUGUUGAUCACUGAUGCACACAACUUUCUGGUGGAAAAGUGGGGAUUGCAAAGUAACCAAUCAGUCCAAAGAAGAAAAAUAUAGGUGAUUCAUGUUUAUUCUGGUAAUUAUCAAAAUAACAAGACCCAGAAUAUCUGGUACAACUUACUGAAGCCCAAGAAGACAGAACUAAAGUGAAAGGCUCUUCAGCCUACAGUUACAGUGAGAUUAUAGCAUCUUGCCACAUCCAUGGUUCUAAAUUGGGUUGACUAUGGGUCAGCACCACACCCAGAAGAAAUUGUUCCCUAAACAGAUGUUUCCCAGAUUUCAUUCCCAGUACCACUUGUUGAAUAUUUACAUGAAGAAGUCUGGAGUGGCAAAAUUCAACAUUUUCUUUGCAGAAUAAUAUGAUGUGAAAGGGCCAGAAAAAUGUGCCAAUGCACACACACCUGCCUAACUUGUUUUAAAGAAAAUAUUUAACAUCUGCUUUAGACCAUUUGAGGGUGACAGCGAUUCUAUUCAUUUAUUCAACUUUCUGGGAACAUCUGCACCUGUGAUCAUUUCUUCUUUUUUUUUAAGUGUGCAACAAAUAACUACUGAAAAAUACAAUUACCAGUGAUGUCAGUCCACCUGAACAUGUAUGUUAAAAUUUUGAGGGAAGAUGUGCCCAUCCUUUUUGCAUCAAAAUUAAAAAUCACAACAAGAAUGAGAUAGAAUUCCCAAAGUUGGUUAAACUAUCAUUACCAUCUACCUGUGAAGUCAUCCCCUGCCCCAGAGACAGUUCAUCUGUAGAUUUCUGAUUUCUCCUGGUUUCAGUUAACCACCUCACAGUCUAUCCAUGGAGCUGAUGUUCACCAAUAUUGUUUUCUACAGCCCCUUAUCCUGACUUUGAAUUUAUAGCUCUUGGAUUCAUUUCAGUGCCUUAAAAUUUGUCACAUGCUGUUCCCUGAUUUCCCAGACCUCCCAGAGUUACCAAGAAUUUAAGAAUGUGAAGGAGCCUCCUCUACUGAACUUCCCACCAUUCCAGUCACACUGUUGGACCAACCUAAUUGUGUUAUUUCCUUUGUUUUGCCUAGACUUGAGUUGUUUACUCAUUUAUUCUAAGAGUUACAAUUUGCCAACUCCUUGUUUCAUCCACCAAAAACUUUUCUCCUUAAAAGUGUCACCAAACCUGAUGUCACUCCAAAAUAAAGCCAAGUAUAUUUACCCAA